AUGUGGCGCGCCGCCGUUGCGCUCGUUGCGCUAUCUAGCGUAGCCCUACAGUCUGUAUAUGGACUCGCAUCUGAAGGGGGCUAUAUAGCUGAGCCAUGGAUCUACGAUUCAGAGAAGGAUGUCCGUCAAGAGCCUCGACCAAUCCCCGAGGAUUACGAGAUGGAAGAAAUCUACCGUCAAGCAGUCCAAUCUGAUCCGAAUGAUGCCAUUCUGGAAGGAAUCAUUCGUCAAAUUCAGCAGCAGCAGCAACAACAAGUUAUUCGCCCUCAAGAAUACGACCAGCAAUAUGAUCAACCUGUGGAGAUUGAUCUUCAACAAGAACCCUUGAAAGCUGAUAUUCCUACUGAUAAUCUGAAUGAAAAGAAGCCUGAAGCUAGCAAACCCCAACCACAAGCUCAAGCUGAAGAGGCUCCAAAGGAAGCUGAAUUACCCAAGCAAGCCGAGCAAAAACCACUCGUUGCUCAGAAGAAAGGACAAAGUGAAUAUGUUUCCUUUGUUGAGCCAGUUGAAGCUAAGCAAACGAAGUCAGUUCCUUCUUUGGAUAAGCGUCGUUUGAAGUCAUCUGCUGAAUCUACCAGCCUUUACCCUAAGUACAGCACGAACCUUCUGACAAUUGCUGUUGGAACUGUUGUGCUCGUUGGAUUAGUUGGAACUGUUGUUGGCGGGGGAUACAUUCUCAAGCGUAGACAUGACUAUAUUGAUGACAGCGACUAUGCUCCAUAUUCGGGAUCCGGACCUGUUUUCGGAGUUCGUUCUGGCAACAAAAAGAAACCUCAAGGAGAUGCCCAAGAUGAGAAAAUGGCUUAUAAAGCUCAACUCCAUCAUUACCAACAAACAAAGCAGAAAAUAAUCUGCGGAGAUGCAGUUCCGGGUGGAAUGGAGUCUGAAGGUGAAGAGGAAGUUGAUGACGAAAAUAACUUCAGCGUCUAUGAAUGCCCUGGAUUGGCCUCUACAACAGACAUGGAAGUCGUCAACCCCAACUUCUGUGCGAAUCCUUGA